AAAACAGUUGAACUGCGCAGAGAGUUCAGCUCAGUCGAAGCAGGAGCAAGGAGAGGGCAGAAAGCGGAGAGAUCGGUGUCGGUGUUAUUAUGCCCAAUUUGAUCGAUAUUUGCCAAUCUAACCGAUCGGAUCCAUGGUGAAGAGGAAGAAGACGUCGCCCAGCAGCGAAGAGUACGACAAUGGCAUGACACUGGGCUCCAGGGAGGGGAUCGGUGUUGAUGGGCGGCGGAAUCCGUCCAGAAAGCCCGAAGGCUGCGACGAGGAGGAGAGCGGCGAGCAGGCGAGCGAGGAGCGCAGUACAAAGGGAGACGACGGAGUGGAAAUUCUUAAUCCAUCUGCCACGGCUCUCAGCCCCGGUGCAGCCCCGCUCCUCCCCGCCUCCCCGCCGGACCGGACCGGGCCGGGCUCGACCCCGCAGCCGCAGACCUCGGCGGAGUCCGCCCCUCCGUGUCACGACCAGCAUCAUUUUCUGCGAUCGAGCGUUCGACCUCCGAGCAAACGGAUCCGGAAGGAUUCCAUCGGCUCGGCCAUCAACGGACACGGCGGGGCCAGAUCGAAAGGCACAGAGAAUGGCUCUUCCUCCCAGGGGGCAGUGGGACAGUCGGGGCCGAUGGCCAGCUCCACAGGAGGAGUCUCCAAGGCCUCCAAGGGCCAAGGGUCGGCUGAGAAGGAGGAACAAGCCGGUAACCAGAAAAGGGCCCGUCGGCAGUGGGAGUCUUGGAGCGCAGAAGACAAAAACAGCUUCUUUGAAGGCCUCUAUGAGCAUGGGAAGGAUUUUGAGGCGAUCCAGAACAACAUUGCAAUGAAGUACAAGAAGAGGGGCAAGCCAGCUAACAUGGUGAAGAACAAGGAGCAGGUCCGCCACUUUUACUACCGCACCUGGCACAAGAUCUCCAAACACAUCGACUUUGCCAACGCGUACUCCCGAGUGCUGAAGAAAUCCUCUCAAGAACUGUAUGGUCUCAUCUGCUAUGCUGAGCUACGCAAAAAAGUCGGAGGCUUAAUGGAUGAUAAGAACGUGGCGAAGCUGAACGAACUCAUCCAGCAAGGGGCCACCACUGUGCGCUCUAAAGGGAGGAACCUUCGGAUCAAAGCGCCCAUGUGUCGCGCACUGAAGAAGCUUUGUGACCCAGACGGCGUGAGUGAUGAAGAGGACCAGAAGCCGGUGCGUCUACCACUGAAGGUGGCAGUGGAGCUCCAACCACGCAGUAACCACUCCUGGGCCCGCGUGCAGAGUCUAGCCCACAACCCUCGCCUCAGGAUGGUGGUCGAGCUCCAUAGGAAAGUUUCCAGCCUCAUUGAGUAUCUGAAACAGAAGUGGACGUACCAGGACCAGUGCAUUCUUAAGAGUCUCAUGGAGAGGGAGUCUCUGGAGAACAGCCAGUCUAACGCCGCCUCUCCCAGCAAAUCCCAGCCUGAUGAACUUUUUCUUUUCCCGGCUGAGAGCAGCACCUUGACCACGCUGCCUGGUGUGGCACGGGUGGUUCACUCCAAAGCCUCCUGCACCGUACACUGGCUAGAAAGUGGCAAGAACCGGCCAAAUGCCAAGGAAUUGCCAGCUGCCCAGAUCCUGGGUAUCCACACGGCGCCCCCACCUCGGCCUGGUGCUAAAUCUGGACGGGGGGGUACUGCUGCUGCUGGUGCAUUAGUGACUGUAUUGGGUGAUACUCGUCGGACUGAGCCCCCUAACCCUGAAUCUUCACCAGACGGUUCUGCGAAGGCAGAGGAGAGGAGACCUCUGUCUGUUUCUGUCACUGCUCCCUGUCAGCAGACUGUGGCUCCCAGAGAAGAGGAAGCUGGGCUGGGACCCUCUGAGGGGGGCAGGACCUGCACUAGCGUGGAGCCCAGUGGUGGAUUUGCGGUGAUCAAAAGCACAGAGAAGUUGUGUAGUGGUUUAGAGAUCUCGUCUGAGCAGUGCAAAGAGGAGCAGAACACCAGCACCUCUUCCCCUGAAGCCAGUCACACUCCUCUAGCCAAACUGCCGAUGACUGGCUCAGAGGAAGUGGCAUUGCAGGGCUCUGCACCGGCAGCCAGAGAGCGGACUGUUGAGCUGAUCAGAGAGGAAGGCUGGAGUGCCCGUGAUACGGAGAACGUCACCCUGGCUGAGCUAUACCUGAUGUUCGGAAAGCCUGGCAAGCUGCAGCUCGAGUACGAGUGGCAGCCUGUUGCGGCCCCUUCCAACAACCAAGAAAACGGACCAGCCUUGGUACAGGCCAAGCCCAGCAGGACACACAGAGUUUUGCGCUGCCUGCUCAAACUGGUGACCACUGAGGUCAAUCCUAAACCUCUGGCUCCGGAGCUGUGCUCCACGGCCACGUCACCGAUCAAGAGCCACCAGGAGGAGCAGAACCUGGUGCUCACACCUCCAGGAAAAGGGCCCGUAGCUGGUGUUCGCAGCCCCAGCUGUGGCCGGCAGCAGGCCUCUGUCCGAGGGGCCAGGUCACACCUGGCAAACGCUGGAGCCUCAGGUGGACGCAGUCUCCCUCGCUCUCUGCUGGGGUCGACAGCAGGCGCUGACUCAGAGGGGGGGGUGUUCGCGGUACCCACCACGCUGCCCCCCAACAGCUCGCGGCACAACAGAAUGUUCUCCCCCAACAAGGAAGCUGAACUCGCCUUCAGACAGCAGCUUGACUCCAUCAGUAUGCAGUCGGAUCUUUUUUCAAGACAGAGAAAACCUCGGAACAGGCAACUUCGGAAACCCCUUGUAGUUCAGCGAACACUGCUGCCCCGGACUACAGGAGACACUCCUCAGCACGUCUGCUCCUUCUCCAUCCUCUCAAACUCCUCUGCCACAGGAACUGGAUCCUUCCGGCCAAUCCACACUCGCCUGGCUCCAAACCCCCGCCCCCUCGUUUCCAAAGUUCCCCCUGCAGCACCCAGCUCUACAGCAGCAGCCAGCCAGCUCUCCAGUGCCAUUGACCUGGCAGCGAAAUCUGCAGGCAUCAUCCCUGGCAGUCCCUGUCGCAGUCUGGAUUCUCCCUCCGUUGAUAACAGCACUCUUCUCGCCACCACACCUAUUGCUGAUGCUGAACCGGACUCUCGACUCCUCGAGCAAAAUGUCCCAGAGAACGGUUUGCCUCCACCCUCUCCUGGAGUGACCGGUGGUGGAGACACACUCCUCGCUCCACCCAGUGUCGCUUCGCUCCUGGACAUCUCUCUGCCCGGACCCCCAGAAGAGGCUCUGGCCCCUGGGGAGCCUCAAACACACAUCAGUGACUCCAUCAUCGAGCUUGCCAUCAACUCGGCGCACUACGGGGAGGAAACGGCUCUAUCUCCAGCCAAGCUGAGCAACAAUGACAGCUCCAAACUUUUAACCUCGUCUCCGUCAGUCAGCCCGUCCCGAGGCUGGAUCCCAUCACCCACCCACGACCCCCAGUGGUACCCCAGCGACUCGUCCGACUCCACACUGGGAUGCCUUCUCUCCAGCAUGGUGUCUCCUGAUAAGGGGAGGCGGACCACCCUCACCCCCUCCGGCCCCUCCAGUGGCACAGCUUUGCUUGGUCCGAGCCUCCUUGACUGCAACUCCCAUGAUUCCUUUCAGUCCCGUGGCCUUCCCGAUGUGGCAGAGAUGGACUCUCAGCUCGCUUGUAUGAUGAGCGAGAGCAGCGUGGACUAUAUCGCUCGCUUCAAUGACCUGGCCCAGGAGCUGGCCGUGACAGAGCCCAACAACCCACCGCCCUGAAGGCAGAGAGGACGUGGCCCCACCGAACCAUGGCCGUCUGGAGGACGAGUCACUGGAGCGGCCGGAGGAUGGGUCUCGCCUCUGUGUCGAGACUUGUUGGUCCUCGGUCGCUCCCCCACUGAAGAGAAGACUGUUGUGGAGAACAGACCAGCCCCUAAAAGCCAUCCCUGCCCUGUUUGUUAAAGUGCAAUAACAAUGGUGAACCUCGACCAUUGUUCACAGCGAGUUAGAAACGCAUCGGUUUCACCGAACUUUACGGUGAAAUGCCCUUUAAAAACAAACACUUAAAAAGAAAAUGCGUUUACAAAACACAACCUCAUGUACAGGAAAAUACGAUGCCAUAUCUGAACAAAAUAUUUUAUGUCUUUUCCUGAUCCGUGUGUGCGUGCGUGUGCGUGUGUGCGUGCCAGUCUUUUGCUCACAGAUUGACCUCCAAAAUGUGUAAAUCCUGCAAAAUGUGCAGUGUAGAUCCUAGCUGCUGGAGGUGGAUUUUUGGUGUCAGUGGCAGUGAGAAAAACAUAACUUUAUAAAGUCUAUUCAGUUACUACAGUGGCAAACGUGGAGAACACCACAACACAGCAUGAAGGAGUGAAAUCCUUUGCGCAUGCCCUCUAAUUUACUAAUGUGCUUCUCAUCCAAGUCACUUCAGAUAUCAUUGGUUACAUUUUGGAACAUGACAUGAAUUUAAUUAUCUUACAGCCACGUGCAAAAUGGCAGCUUCUGUUAGACUAUGUAGCUCUACAACUGUGAUCAUCUGCAGCCGAGACCCUUGAAUUUAGUGCUGAAAUCUAUUGGAGUUUAAAGUCCAUCACCAGUGGCUUCAUCAAAUUUUGAAGUAAUUGAAAUUACCUUUAUGUUGGUUUGUUGCAUGAACAGGUUGCUAAGAAAUAAGAACUUUAUUCUUCUGGAAACUUAAUCUUGCAGUCAUCAGAAUACCCAAAUAUGGACUUUAGCUCUAAUUUUGAAUAACCUUAAGUUAUAAAUGGUAAAUAAAUAGUGUUUUGACUCCACUACUGAGAAAAAGAACAUUGCACAUUUACCUGAUCCCUUUUGCCCAUAAUGUGACCAACUAGGUAUUCAUUUUAGAUACUGUUUUGAAUUCAAAGCGACUGGUAACAUUUCCCUCUGGUUUAACUCCACAAGAGCAGGCAGUAAGAAGGAUAUAAUGACGUCAAACACUUAAGCCGCAGUCGACACUCCUCUCAUUUUAACUCACAAAUCACUAUUAAAAUCAGCUGAUUGAUAGAUAGAUAAGCAUUGACACUGAUCACUGGCUAAUGUCAACAUGAUCGGCUUCAAAACGCGUUCAUCAUCCCUUUAACGUCAGCAUCUGAAUGUGACAACGAAUAGAUGCUUGUUUUUUGCUUAGUUUUUGUUUCUUCAUCCAUGCAGUUUCGCUGUUGUUCACAGGGACUCGAGUACAGACUCACUGCAGUCAGAUGUUCUCCGAAUUUCAACCAACAAGCAUCGUCAAUAUGCAGUAUUGAACACACUUUGCCUCAUCAACAUGUUGAACUUCCCCUUCUGUGAGUGUAAAUUUGUCGGAGAUCUCCGGUCAUUUCACAAAAGGGUUUAAAAAUGUUGGUCUCCUUCGAGCACCUUGGGGGCUUUGACUCUACAAUGUAAAAGCUCUUGUGAUGAAGACGUCUGACAAGGUUUCAUCUCCUCACACUAGAACAGAAAUGGAGAUGAUUCUUCAUAAAGAAAUAAACAGCAGGUUUUGUCUUUGAAUCUGGCAUGUUGGUUUAUUUGUUUUUUGUUUCGGGAUUUAUUUGUACAAAUGGCAAUUCCAGUAUUCACUGCGCUUUUGUAACAUAAUUUAAAUUGUUAUUUGGACUAUUUAUUGGUAACAUUUGUGAAAAUGUUUUCUGUUUAACUUAAUAUUAAAAUGACAUCUGAAAAAAAGGAAAAAACCUGUUGUUUAAAAAUGUUCACUUUGUAAAAGGUGUUUUUAUCCUCUGUAUAAAGAUGGUUAUAAAACCA